AGGAGAUGUUCAUCACCAUAGACGACCAUACCAUACCAUGGAGGGGAUCACCAUCUUCUAUUGCCUCAUCCUCUCCCUCCCUCUCAUCUUUAUGCUCAGCCAUCAUGGGCGCAAGAAAGGGGCAAUGAAGCUCCCACCUGGUCCGCCCACUCUGCUCUUCGUAGCCAAGUUCUUGCUGCUCCGGCGGUCAGUCUUUCAAAUUGGCCCGAUACUUCGCGGGUUGCAUGCGCGCCAUGGUCCAAUCAUCUCCAUUUGGCUGGUGCGCACCUUCGUUUUCGUGGCCGACCGCCGACUCGCGCAUAGCAUCCUCAUCAAGAGCAACGGCAACUUCGACGACCGCCCGCCCUCCACCGAGAUGAUGCACCUAUUUUUUCCCCACACUAUCAGCACCUCGCCCUAUGGGGCCUACUGGCGUCUUGUCCGCCGCAACCUGCACGCGCAGGCACUGCACCCGUCCCGCCUCAGGCUCUUCGCGCCGGCGAGGCAACGCGCGUGCGACGCGAUCAUUGGGUCACUGCGCGACGAUGCAUCGCAGGUCAUUACGGUGAGGCCAUUGUUGGGGCGCUGUCUUUUUGAGCUGCUUGUGUGCAUGAGCCUUGGCGCCAGGCUUGGCCAGGAGGUGCUCGAUGAGUUGCAGGAGAUGCACCAGCAGAUUUUCCAUGCCAUCACCAGCUUCCCCGUCUUCUCCAUUUUCCCGGCGCUCACCAAAAGGCUGCUGCGGAAGCGGUGGGCGAUGCACGUCGCGCUGAACGAGAGGCGGAACGAAGUGCUCCUGCCGCUAAUCCGCGCGCCUCGCGGAGGCGAGAACCCCUCGUGCUACGCCGACUCACUCCUCGAGCUGCGCGUCGCCGAGGAAGGCAGCCGCCCCCUCACGGACGCCGAGAUGGUCACCCUCUGCUCCGAGUUCAUGACGGCCGCCGUGGACACCACCAUGAGCUUGAUAGAGUGGAUCAUGGCGGAGCUCGUGAACCACCCCGACGUUCAAGCCAAGGUGUACCAGGAGGUGAGGGAGAAGCCUGAGCUCAAUGAGGACGACCUGUGCGGGAUGCCAUACCUCAAGGCCGUCGUGUUGGAGGGCAUGCGGCUGCACCCUGGGGCCCACUUAAUCAUCCCGCACGGCGUGAAGAAGGACGCGGAGAUAGGUGGGUACAUGGUGCCCAAGGGUUCCGAGGUCAACUUCUUGGUCGCCGACUUCGGGCUCGAUGAGACCGUGUGGACGGCGGCGCCGGAGUUCCGGCCGGAGCGGUUCUUGGACGGCAAUGACCUGGACAUCACCGGAAGCAGGGAGAUCAAGAUGGCGCCAUUUGGCGCUGGCCGCAGGAUGUGUCCGGGGUACAUGCUCUCCAUAAUGCAUGCGGAGUACUUCGUGGGCAGCCUCGUGAGGGAGUUCGAGUGGCUGCCACCAUCACCAGCAGAAGCAACUGUCGACAUGACCGAGGACCUAGCCAGCAUCAUCACCAUGAAGCACCCGCUCCGUGCUCGCAUCAUCCCAAGGGCUUAGUAAAACCUGAUGACAUAGGAAGCCACCCUCCAGUCGCCUGCGACCGCAUCCCCCGUCAGUCCGUGUUUUUCUUUCAAGUUUUUGCUAUGUCACUUCUUGAUUGCUUUGGACGAACAUGUUGCUCUCGUGUCCUCCACAAGAUAUCAUAUUCAAAAUUGUCUCGCUUGGGGCCAUCUUUCUAUCAAUAUUCUUGGCCGCCGCCAAGCCUUGCCACUAAAGGAAGGUGCUGAGGAAGGACAACCGCAGCGAGGUGGACGGCGCACGGCAGUGGUGUUACUAGAGAAACGUGUUGUAGCCCGUGGGAGGAGAACGUCGGGCUGCUUGCUGGUGGCGUGUCUGCGGUGACGGUCGGCGUGCUGAUGUAAACUCUAUCAGUUGCCUAAACAUCACCAAGCAACCUACCUAAGAGGGAAAGGUAUGGCUCAUUUAUUCAAGGAACAAAGGAAUUAACUCUAUAAUAUGCAUGUAAAAGAAAGAAAUUCCAAUGGAGCGAUAAUCCACUUCUGAGCUCACA